AACCAGUGAAGGAGGCACUGGCAGCCCCAGCUCCUCAGACAGAGAAAAAAGAAAAAUCCCCACUUUGCAUCUGCAACUGGUCAGCGGACCUUGCUUUACAGGCAGAGGGCUGCAUUUAUUACUCACCAGAAGUUUCCCCCAGAAGCUCUCCCCAGCUGCCCGUGGCCAGGCUUCCCGGAGCAGACAGACAAUGCAGGGAAACAAGAAGUGCACGGACGGGUUCAGUGACACCUCAAGCAUCGGGAGUGUGCUGGACGACGCGGACCGCGAGGUGAGCACCCUCACGGACAGGGCGUUCCGGAGCUUGUGCAUCUCGGAGGACAUGUCCUUCAAUGACCCUGACCUGGCCAGGUCCCCAGAUAUCACCCACCAGGUGACAGGGAGUCUCCACCGGGGAACCGUGAGCCAUGCCCACCGGAAAAGUGGCAUCUGGAGUCAGCUUCCGUCUCAGGGCACGGAGCAUGCCGGCUGGGCGGCCACGGUCCAGCAGUUGCCCAAGUACGUCCAAGGAGAGGGAAAGUACCCCAAAGGCAGCCCCCCGCCAACGCCGGUCCAGAGGAGACUGGAGGCACAGGUGUCCGGCCUGAGAGGCGGCAACAAGCCCACUUCCAAAGUGUCAUCGCUAAUUAAAUCUUUCGACAGCACAGAGAGCCAGUGCUGUGACAGCAGGCCCACCACCAGCAAGCCCCCGGCUCUGAAACAUCCGCCCAAAUUCGCUCCUCUUCCAGAAAGCGGGGUCAACUUCUGCUUUGACUCAGCCUUUUUAACCGUCAGGCGGGUGCCUGCCGAGGUCUCCAACCCCCUUCAGGCCGGCAGGGAGCACGGGGAGCAGGAGUCCCCCGAGAACCCAGAAACGGCGUGCCGCCACUCCAGAAGCUUCCUCCCAACGCCCAACAAGGCCUCCGGUUCCCUUGAGCCAAGGUUCCUCUCUCCUCCCACCGGGCCAGCCCAGGGCGAGCCGGGAAGGGGUCAGGAGUGGAUGCGGAAAGGCACGUUCCUUCACAGCGAGAACAGCGCCUUUCAGUCUUGGAAAGUCCACCAACCAAGGCUGUCGGAAAGAAGGGACUCCGGCGAGACGGGCCCAGAAAGCAAAGCUCCCCGACGCCACGGGGAAACCCACCCAGCGGAGGGCAACGUCUCUCCCAGCCAAGGCCGGGCCAGCUGCAGCCAGGAGGAGACCUGGCCGGCUGCGGGGGCUCUCUCUACAUCGGGGUCCUGGGAGCCGAGGGACGCUGGAGCCCCGGUGUCUGCCAUGGAGGGGAACGCUCCAGGCUCACAACCUGACCCUCCGGUGAAGAUGACCCAGCCACCAUGGAGGAAACCAAAGCCUGGCAAGGGAAGGAGAGAACAUCUCCGAGAGGCUCCAGAAGAAAAGCAGCCAAUCCCCAGGGGGGGUCCAGCUUUGUGUAGGAAGCAGAAUCCCCCAGGACAGUUUCCAGAAAGCAACGUUCUUGACGUGCCCAUGGACCCCAAGUUGUGUUAUGACCCUCCUUUCAACAUCAGCAAGCUUCUGACGCCCGUCAUACCCACCAAGUCCGCCCUGGACUCGUCGGAUGGCCAGCCAGUGGAGGCAACCCCAUCCCCCCCAGGACAGCCCAAUGGGUACCAGGAGAAGGAGCCCGGCGAGUGCCAAUCCCGGGACAGCUACAAGUCCAAAGCCUCCAGCCUGCUGUUCAGCCUCAAGGAUGUGCGGAAAUGUGUCAAAAGCACCUAUAGCCCCUCGCCCCUCUCCAGAGGCCCCGAUGAGAAAACCAGGGGUAAGGUUGAUGGCAAGCAGGAAACGGUUAGCAAUGGAGUCCCCUUUCCCAACGGGCUGGAGGAGAACCCCCUGAAUGAGCUUUCGGAGGAGAAACCACCUGGUGCCCCUCCUGGGUCAUUUGUUGGUAUGCAGAAGGACCCUAAAACCGAUGCCAGCUCGUCCUCUGCAGGUGACCACCUAACUUGUAGCUCACCUCCAGCUAUCACCUUCUGUGUCAAUGGGGAGCCCAUUGAGAUGAACAGUUACGAGAAGGACAAUGCCAACAGAGACCCGGAAAUCAGUCCCACCGGCUCAGGGUGGUGUCCAGACUCUGGUGGACACUCUCUCCGGAAGCGUCUGUCCCUGAAGCUCUGUGGCCAAGAGCCUGAGGUCAGCAACGCUACAGAGGUGCCAAGGGGCCCCUGGCUGGAGAACGGGUUCUCCAGAUCCGUCUCCCAGGAGAUGGAACCCGAGCGCGAGGCAGGGCUCCAGAACCGCAACUUCAACCAGAAAGUCUCUCCGGGGCCCCUCUCCCCAGAGGAGGAAGACGUGUUUUACAGUGACAGCCAGUCCGAUUUUAUCCCAGGCCUCAAAAUGAAGACCAAAUUCAGCACCAGCUCUUCCGAUCAAUCCUUUGCUUCAUUCGAUGAUCAGCAGAAGACAUGGUUUACCGAGAGCCAGCGGGAAGGCAGGAGGGCUGCCACGAGUGCAGACGAGAGUCAGAAGGAUGAGAAGGAGGAAGCGAUGGGGAAAGAUGCUCUAGGUGAUGGGCGCACAUGCGUGGAAGAGAAAGGCGAAGGUGAAAGGCCUCCAAGAGCGGGAGAAGGUCUGUCUGUAGGUCGUCGAAUGAAGUCUUGUGCAGAGGAAGCUCAUUUCAGAGGCACGUGGAGUGGGGGAAGCCAGGAUACAGCCCUUUCGCAGGCCAAAGAGCUCCCCACCUCACCAUCAUCCACGUCAAACAAGCUCAUCUUGUUUGCCAUUAAAGACAACACCCUCAGGGCCACCCCUGUGAUCAAACCCAUCAUGCUGCCCCUCCUGAGGACCCUGUCAUCUGAGGACUCGCCCGGAGGUGGCCACAAAGAAGAGUCGUUGCCGAGGCCCAGCGAGAAUGCCAGCUUCUAUCCCCCAGAGAGCCACGAAAGUCCCUGCUCCCUGACACCCAGCCAUCUCCUGCCUGCCAGCGGGCAGGGCGCACAGUGGAGGCACACAGCCUGCAGGGACGCGGAGGCCACAGCCAGGAGGGGACCCUUUCAGCCAGCCACAAAGGGGACGCUGCUGUCUCCUCCGCUGGCAGGCGACGGGGAGAGCAUGGGUGCAGGGAAGGAUGGCCAGAGGAGGUCCACACACGAGGGGAAGCCCGCCACUCCCAGGCACAUCCCCACGAUUGCUUUACCCGAAGGAGACGGGGAAGAUGAGCCAGGCCCACACCAGCCAGGGCCGGGUCGGGAAGAGCAGAUGCAGAGUUCCCAGAAUCACUUUUUGUCUGUACCCAGAGCAGGGCCCCCGGGGAGAAGGCCAGUGGGGAGACGGCCGGUCCCUGGAGAGAUGGCGGCUUCCCCAGACCCCAGCUCUCCGGAAGAGAGCGAGGCCUACUCCCCUGCCACCAGUGGUGUCUGGGACGAUGUUUCCCAGGUCCCCGGGGAACUGGGGUGGCUGCCAGAAGAGGGAACCCCUGCCAGCUCCUGGGCCAGCCACGGCCCUGCCCAAACCACCAAGAGGGAGCUCCUGACGCACGCCCUGGUGUGGGAGGCAGGGGACCCCCAACUCGAGGCGGCGGCGGAGGACCUCCGGGCACUGUCCCCUAGAGGCUCGUUGCCAGAUGCGGUUACCAGCUCAGCGGGCCUCCCUGAGAAAGCGGAAGCAGCCCCCGUCCAGCCAGAGAGGGCAGCGGGCAAACCGCCGGUGGUGCCACCCAAAACCGAAAAGGCCCUGCGGCGGGCCAAGAAGCUGGCCAACAAGAGGAGAAAGACGGCCCAGAUGCAAGAGAGAGACAGCGAGCCCCGGGGGGAACGGCUUCCCCUCCAGGACUCAGAGUGGACGGAGCCCAGGCCGCAGUCCCCUGGAGAGAUACCCCUACCCAACUUCCCCGUGGUCCGUGCCCUGCCCCCUUCUGCACACCGCCACUCCGUGUCCGGCUUCUCUGAGCUCGUUAGGAGGUGGCCGGGGGAGCCCCCAUCAGCCACGCCCCUGCCCCCUUACCCUGCCACUCAGAAGGUCCUCCAAGACCCCCAGUCUGGGGAGUACUUCAUCUUUGAUCUGCCGGUCCAGGUGAAAAUCAAGACCUUCUACGACCCAGACACGGGCAAAUAUGUCAAGGUCUCCAUCCCGUCCUUGGAGGGGGACUCCUCUGAACCCCCCUCCCAAGAUGAGCUUGCUGCUGCCUGCACGCUGUACCCUACUUUCCAGCCCUUGCCCGUGACAUCCCUGAUGCUCCCGAGGUGCUCCUCUCAGCUCUCAGCCCCCACCUUUCCAAGGCAGGGUCCUCACAUCCCCCGGGUGGGUGGCAGCCAUCAGAGCCUCCACGACACCGAUGCCAGGCAGCGGGCCCCAUGGCCGUACGGUGAUGGCGCCCAGCACUCUGCAAGCCAGAAACCCGACGGGCUUCCCCAGAGCCCGGAAAAGGAGGAAGGAGAAGCACCAAGCCUGGAGAUCAUCUCCACCGACGACUUAGAGGACUUCGCCACGGAAGGCAUCUCUUGAAAAUUUAAGCAGAAAAGCCCCCCUCCCCGAUGAACCCAUAAGAGCUUACGUCCCCCCUACCCCAGAAUAAAGACUGUCUUACACACACACACAUGCACGCACACACGUACGCACACAGACAUAUGUAGCCAUCCCCACAUGGUAAGCUAUUUGGGAACCCCACAGUUCAAAAGGACUUGAGGGGUUUGAGAA